AUGGACGUUAACAACACUACACAGGACAACAACAUCUUUACCAGCACCAUUUCAGAGGACGAUUUGACAACCAUCCCCAUUCCAACUUCAACAUACCCCGCAGAAACCAACAUUCCACCGUUUGGCAUCGCUAUACCCUUUAACCCCCAGCCUCAAUCAAUAGACAGACCUCAAGGCAACCCAAGCUCUGAUAUUUACAACAGCAUAUUUAUCUCAGGUUCCCAUAAUCUCACCAACAGCACCUUUGGCUCCAGUAAUUACACCAACAGCACCUUCAGCUACCACGAUGACACUAAAGCUUUAUUCAUCACAGAUGUGGUGACGUGCAUCAUCAUUUGCAUCGGCCUUCCAUUGACCUUCGUCGCCAUCUACUCUCUCUACUCUCUGGUACGAAAUGACCACGUUGUUCCCAUCUACAUCAUCAACCUUCUGAUUUCUGACCUCAUCCAGCUCUGCUGCAUGAUCUGUGACGUGGUACAACCUGACAGCCCGAUAAUAUUCAUUAUCUACUAUAGUAUUUACAACUACAGUCUGAUGACCAGUGUUGGCUUCAUGGUGUGCAUCGCCAUGGAAAGGUAUUUGCUGAUCGUCUUCCCACUGUGGUACCACUGCAGACGAACCAUCAAGUCCACUGUGGUGAUCUGUGUCGUGGCCUGGGCCCUUCCUGCUCUCUACGUUUUCACUGUAUUCUUUGGUGGUAAUUUUAAUGUACCACAAAUCAUCGCCGUUGUCUUUCUGUUCCUUCCCUUCCCACUGCUCAUAUUCUUCUGCUGUGCGACUCUCAAAGCCCUGUCUGCCUCCGUCUCGAUCCUGCCUGAGGAAAAACGACGAAUUGUAGGAACUUUGGUCCUGGUGCUGCUAAUUUACAUGCUGCUUUUCCUGCCUGACAUCAUUUUGAUAAUGGUAGUGAGAUACAUAAAAGACCAAUCACAAACUAAUGCUCUCUUCUCCCUGUCUUCUGUGUUUCUUAAGCUGAAUCCUCUUGCAGACUUGGUUCUGUAUAUUUUCAUGAAGAAAGGGGCCCUAGACAAGAUUUUGGUCUCUGUGUGUUGUUGCAGAGUUGAAGAUGUCAGCAGUCUGGAAAACAACACUAAUGGUGAGAACUAG